AGCUAAAAAAAAAGACUAUAUCGACAAUUACAGUCAGAGAAGGAUGCUACAAACAUCCAAAUGACUCUUCCAACUCGUCGAGGUAUUGAGUGCAUUUUAGGGUUAGGCGGGAUUCAGUCGGGUUCACCCCAUCUGAUUCAUUAGCAUGGUUGACAGAUUCGGUUAAUCGGCCAUGUCGCAUUUUCUAUAUAAAAAAAAAGUCUAGUUGAUCAGGAGCAAAUGAAUUGUGUAUUUUGGAUGGAGAAAUGAAUGGAUUAGAUGAAAAACCAGCUCUUAAGUAAACCAUUGUAUGAACCUGUAAAAUUGAGUGAUCAUUUUUUGUUAUCGAUUUAAGCUAAAGUCAUAAUUUUCAUUUAUAAUACUGCAAUUGUCAAAUACGUAUAUCCCUCUUCUUAUGUUUUUUUUUUUUUUUUACAUUCCUGUAGAUAGUAGGGGUAGUCCUAAGAUGUAGUCUAAAUAGUAAAUACCACACUAGGGACUACUAGUUCCUUUGCCAAUGCAAAUUAUGAUACAAAACUGUGUAACUGACUCUUUCACCUUUGCACAUAAAUUUCAACAUUAUCUUGUAACACAUUAGCCCUACCAAAACUGAACCAUACGACUGCAUCUCAUAUUCAUGAUGACAAUGGCAAUGAAAAGAACCUCAAUGGGACUUUAAUAAUAUCACUCAAGAGUGUGGCAUCAUUGUCCUUUUUUCCAUGGAUCAUUAAUAAUUGGAGAGGAAAACAAUAAAAUAUUUUUUCCCAUAUAAGUUUUGUAAUUAUAAUUGAUCUAGACAUUAUCAUUAUUCAUAUUUGUACAGGUAUAUAUAUUUGAUUUCUCAUAACUUGACAUGUUGGGUGUUGGAUGAGCAAAAAAUCAAUUUUCAAGAUUUGCUUCUAUUUCUAGUCGAUUAACAAUAAUGAAAAAGGAUGAGAUUAUCUGAAAUUCCAGUAGUUAAAUAAUCUUUCUUCUGUUGCCAUCAUUAUAAGUAUCAUUACUACUACUAUUAUUAUUAUUAUUAUUAUUAUUAUUAUUAUUACUAUUAUUAUUAUUAUUAUUAUUAUUAUAGGCACUGAUUGGUUCCAAAGUUAAUGGUGAUGAACUAGAGUAGGUUAAGCCUAACCAUUGGAUCAAGUCACUGUCCUCUUCUGUUGGGUCUACAUAGAUACCUCUUCUACAUAAUUGAACCUUUUUUUUAAGAAACUGGAACGCUGUUUCAAUAAUACUAGAGCAGAGUUACAAGGUGGAUCAAAAAAUAUAUUCUUCCAGGAAUAACGAGUCCUAACAAAGUAAGGUAAUCACUAAUCAACCAUAAAAUUAACUUCAUGAUAAAUAUAUUUUAGGAAGACCAGUUAAUCUUUUGUCAGGAGGUACGACAGAUCUCUACAAGAAGUAAGUAGUAUAUAUGGUGGUCUAAGUGGCAUAUAAUUGCAAUUAUAGAUUCAUAUAUACCCAUUCUUUGCAGCGGAAAGUUCGCGGUGUUGAUUUGAUUGAUAGAACCUCUCAAUUAUGUAAACCAAAGAUGAUUGUUUUUCGGUUUCCACCUCUUUAAAAAAUGUUCUGAAAAGGGUGUUUGAUUUUGUGGGAAUUUACAUUAAAUUAUACCUACUACUUCAAUGGAGAUUUCUCUAGAGAGCUUAAUGAUUAAGACAACAAUUACGAUUAUGGAGAAUCCUUCAUGGAAGGGGCUCCUCAGCUAAGAGUUACAGAGGAAAAAAUGAAAUCGAAACAUCGCUUGAUUCAUGAUGUUGUUUAUGAUGGAAUAUCGCUACUACUUGACCAUGCGACCUUGGUGGACUCACUACAUCGUUCGAUUCACUUGGACUCGUGACUUUGUUAACCACCGGUGUGUUGUUGACCUCGCAAUGCUGAUUCAUUCGCGACAUUAUAGAUCUUGCAAUCUUGUCGAGAUCCCGACUUUGUUGGGUCGCGACAUAGGUUACUACUGCGAUGUUGUCGAUAGUGGGGCCCAAAAUAAACUAGAGUCUGAAACUCCUCCGGCCCAACCCACUUAUUUGUAAUCAACUAGGUAGCCUCAUUUAAACCCAAUCAAGACUCCACACACGUCAAUUAGGCCAAAUAAUUUUAGGUGUAAACAAUCUCAUAGUAAGAAGGAACAAGAAUUGUCAAAUGUCAAAUUCAAACCUUAAUGGAGACAAUACCGGAAAAGUCCAUAGCAUUAUAUUUUGUACCGUGAUUUGAUCAUAGUUCAACCAUUUUCUAUCGCUAAAAGGCUGAAACUGUCUACCGAUUUGUAUCUGAUAUUUUCUCUUCGACCGACCGGUAUCGUAGGGUUUCUUUAAAACAAAAAUUUCACCCCUUUCUUUAGUGGGCCGGAUUCUGUCUCUCUCUUUAUGGACUGUUAUAAUAGGGCAUCAUUGUAAGAAAUCAUUACCCGGGUCCCUGAGUUACUCCCACUUGCCCUCCCUAGGGUCCAGGCAAAGGCAGAUAAGUCCUUUUGCAUAUUUCAACAUAGGCUGAGAUCAGCAGUCCAAAGUCAUUAUUUUGACAACUACUUCCACAUUAUUAUUACUUUAUGAAUAGAUGACCAAUUCCAUAUUGUUAAAAAUGUGGCCAUAGUCACUCUUCGGGUCUCGAUAAGGUUGUUAACAAUAAAUGUUAGUUGUCACUAGUAAUCUUAACGAUAAAGAGGUUAAAUUUUUAUUCUUGUAUAAUUUUGAUUUUGAGGUUUACUUGGUUGAUGGUGUUUGACUUGGGCGUUUAUGAAUUGGUUUCACUUUGUCUGGGGCAUUUGGCUUAAUCUUGAGCUUUACUAGGAUUCAUUGGUGUAUUGUAAAUCAAUUAAUUGUCAAUUACUAUUAGCGUGGAUUACAAUUACUUAGUUGAAUGUGAUCGAAAUGGUUAUAUGUGACACUCAAUCUCUUAACGUGGAUGAAAAGUCUUUUGAGUUACUCAUGUUUUGGAUUUUUCAUUUCAGUAUGUUCCUAAACAAAUUAUCUAAAUUUCGGAAAAACCUCAUCAAUGAACGAAAUCGAUUUCC